AGGUGUGGUUACCUGAGUCACUGUAGAAGCCUCUCUGCCAGGUGAUCGUACAGGUGUUGGACCAUGACAGUGUUGGAGAACCUUCAGCUUUUUUUAAAUAGAAACUUUUAUGGUCACAGUUUGAACCCAGCAGCUCAAAACAUGAACUUCAGAAUGAAUCAGAAGAACAAAUAAACUGUUUUCUUUCUGGCUUGUUUGGGCCUACAGGUUCUUCUCAUAACACCUCAUAGCCAGACUGGAUCAGGACCAGAACAUAGAUCAGGACCUCAUCUUCAUUCUCAUUCUGGAACAGCUUCAUGUUUAUUAAUCCAGAUAUUUCCAAGAAAAACUAGGAAUCCGGAGGAAAGGGGAUCUUUCCUGAAUUGAGCCUUUUGUUCCAAGUUAUGAAUCAGAACCUGAACUGUUUGGACUGGCCGGAUCCCCAUGCUGGAACUUAGAACUCCCCCUGGUGGAGAACCACAGAAAAACACAAGCUCAUGAUUCCAAGAUGGCGGCCGGAGGCGGACAGCAGAGAGGGCACAGGUUUUAAUCCGGACCGAACCAGAGUGGGUCCGAAAGGAAGCGGCCAUGCUGUGACGUCAGGAGGAGGAGGAGAUGGCAGCGGAGCUUUUCUCCACCAGCCUUCCACACGGUGAGGAGGAAGAGGAGGAGACGAAGACAAACUUCAUCCAGCUAAGUGAGCCGGAGCAGUCAGCUGAGCGGAACGCCGUUCACGUAAACAACAACAAUGAUAACCAAGAUGGUGGCGAGGAGAGACACAGCUGGCAGGGAGCCCACCCCACCCUGAGAGAGAGGAACGCUCUGAUGUUCAACAAUGAGCACAUGGCUGACAUUCACUUCAUCGUGGGUCCACCAGGAGAAACACAGACCAUCCCAGCUCAUAAGUAUGUCCUGGCAGUUGGCAGCUCUGUGUUUGGAGCCAUGUUCUAUGGAGAUCUGGCAGAAGGACAGUCGGAGAUCCACAUCCCUGAUGUGGAACCAGCUGCUUUCCUCACCUUGUUAAAGUACAUGUACAGCGAUGAGGUGGAGCUGGAUGCCGACACGGUGCUGGCCACACUUUACGCUGCAAAGAAGUACAUCGUUCCGGCCGUAGCAAAGGCGUGCGUUGGCUUCCUGGAGACAAGCCUGGAGGCGAAGAACGCCUGCGUGCUGCUGUCCCAGAGCCGGCUGUUUGAGGAGGCGGAGCUUACGCAGCGCUGCUGGGAGGUGAUCGACGCUCAGACCGAGCUGGCGCUGCGAUCUGAGGGGUUCUGCGAGAUUGACCGGCCCACGCUGGAGAUAGUCCUGCAGAGGGAGACGCUCAACAUCCGGGAGGCGGCAGUAUUCCAGGCGGCGCUGAGCUGGGCGGCGGCAGAGUGUCGGCGACAGGGCCUGACGGUGACCCCUCAAAACCAGCGGACUGUGCUUGGGAAGGCCCUAUACCUGCUCCGGGUCCCCUCCAUGUCCCUGCAGGAGUUUGCAGAUGGACCGGCGCAGUCAGACGUGCUGACGCUCACAGAGACCCACAACAUCUUCCUGUGGUACACCGCCACCAACAAACCUCAACUGGACUUCCCUAUAGGCAAACGGGUCGGACUGGCGCCGCAGAGGUGCCACCGCUUCCAGGCCUCUGCCUACCGCAGCAACCAGUGGCGCUACAGGGGGCGCUGCGACAGCAUCCAGUUCGCUGUGGACCGCAGGAUCUUUAUCGCCGGGCUUGGCCUGUAUGGGUCCAGCGGCGGGAAGGCUGAGUACAGCGUGAGAAUCGAGCUAAAGAGGCAGGGAACUCUUCUAGCCCAGAACCUCACCAAAUUCCUGUCAGACGGAUCAAGCUCCACCUUCCCCGUCUGGUUCGAACACCCGGUCCAGGUGGAGCAGGACACCUUUUACACGGUCAGCGCCGUCCUGGAUGGAAACGAGCUCAGUUACUUUGGACAGGAGGGAAUGACUGAGGUGCAGUGUGGGAAGGUGACCUUCCAGUUCCAGUGCUCCUCAGACAGUACCAAUGGUACUGGUGUGCAGGGGGGGCAGAUCCCAGAACUGAUCUUUUACUGCUGAACCUGGACGUGAUGGACUGAAAGACCUCAAUUUAGCAGGAAGAAUCUGAUUCUGAUAGAUUCUGGUGCUGAUAGAAUUAGUGGUUAUAGUUCUGAUAGAGUUUCUGGUUCUGUUUCAAUCAUUAAAGUUUGUGUGACUGAAA